GGGGAUUUCAUCCUCUGAAUAGGAUCAGUCUCCACCAGCAGUCGGUGUUUACAGAAUCUACUCAAUCCAUCAUGGGCAGAUGCAGUGGGCGAUGUACCUUGGUUGGGAUCUGUUGCCUACAGCUGGCUGCUGCCUUGCAGAGACAAAUCUUUGACUUCCUUGGUUAUCAAUGGGCUCCCAUAUUAGCAAACUUCCUUCAUAUUAUGGUGGUGAUUCUGGGAAUACUGGGGACUCUUCAUUACAGAUCCAGGUAUCUUAUACUGUAUUCCAUAUGGUUGGCAUUAUGGGUGGCCUGGAAUGCAUUUAUUAUAUGUUUCUAUCUGGAAGUGGGGCAUUUCUCACAGCACAGGGACCUGAUCAUGAACUUUAAUACCUCCAUGCAUCGGUCUUGGUGGAUGGAGAAUGGGCCAGGCUGCUUGGUGACCCCUGUGCGUGGCCCUCCUCUAUCACUGGCAGAUCACCACAUGGUGACAGUGACUGGUUGUCUCCUCGAUUAUCCAUACAUAGAAGCUUUAAGUAGUGCUCUGCAAAUCUUCCUGGCGCUCUUUGGUUUUGUCUAUGCUUGCUAUGUCAGCAAAGUUUUCAUGGAUGAAGAAGACAGCUUUGAUUUCAUUGGUUCUUAUGAUUCCUAUGGAUAUCAGGCUCCUAUGAAGACAUCACACCUCCAGCUGCAGCCACUGUACAAGCCUGGUUAAAAGUCUCUGCUGAGCCUAACUAUACAGCGGACGCAUUGAAGGAAAAACACCCACACUACUGUUUACUCUGAGCCUUUGGUUUUGAUACAGAAUUUUUUUUCUCUCAUUGUUUCUAAUAUGUGGUCAAAAGCCUUAAUACAUAAAGGCAGUUGUACU